AAUGUCAACCAGCAUGAGACAGUUCGGUUUGUUUCUUCUGUGCCUUCUUCACAUCUCCAGGAAGGGUGUGCAGUCCAACGGCUGGUCCGUUCACGUCCCGUCUGAUGUUACUGGUGAACUUGGGAAGAUGGUUAUCCUGCCCUGUACUUUCACACACCCCUACAAAACAUUUGACCGGACCCUCACUGCCAUUUGGAGGAUCAAGGAACCUUACAACGGCACAAUAGUUUUCAAGUGCAUUAGUCAGAGCGCCAGCGAGCUCUGUAAGACUGCCAUCAGCUACAAAAACAAAUACAAACUGCUUGGCAACCCCCGGCACAAGGACCUCUCCAUCAGGAUUGACAAUCUGACUUGGAGCGACAGCGAGAGAUACUUCUGCCGGGUGGAGUUGUCCGGAGAUAUCCACGACAAGUACGAAAGCAGGAAUGGGAUAAAGCUGCAUUUGAUUGCUGCCCCCAGGAUCAUUAACAUCACCGUCAGCUCCAACGGGGAUCGCACCUUCCAGGCACGCUGCACCGCCGAGGGGGAGCCAGCACCUGCUCUGACCUGGAGCGGACCACCCUACAGCAACCUCACCGCCACCACCAGCAUGAACCACCGUGUCACCAAGGAGCUCCGGUACCUGACCCACGACGGAAAAUACACCUGUACUGCUGUCAACAGCCACGGGAGAGCAGAGGGGGCUGUGUACUUCUACAAAUUCAAAGCAUCCAACAGCUCCUUCCUCCUGAUCCUGAUCUUUGUGCCACUGGGAAUUAAAGUGCUCAUUUUGCUAGUGAUACUGGGCUUCAACGUUUUCUCAAGAGGAGGUCCCUCCUCUGCCCCAUCCAGCCUGGCCCGGCCACAGCUGCAGGACUCCACCUAUGAGAACUUUGACCGCAGACACGGCGGCAGCCAGCCUUUGCCGACAGAAAGAACAGCAUCGAGACGCAGCUGAGGACCUGGGCGGUCUCAUCCGCACUCACUUGCACGGUUCCAAUUCCUGUCUGCUCUGUACAAGGGUGCCCUCCCCCCUGUGAACAUAAGACUGACGUUGACUGAUGCACGGAAGGUCAAACGGGCCUUGUAAGAGCAUGUUUUCCAUCCCUGCUGCUGCUUACAAGCAAGAAAAGCCUUUAAAAGGAAGACAGAAGAAAGAAAAAAGAAAACAAAGACGGAUGGAGCUAGAAGAGCAGAAGAGGAUCUACGUAGGAUGUCAGUUCUAACCAACCUGUGUGUUUUUAGCCCGUAUCAGAUAGUGUUUAGC